CUUGUCCUCUGCAGUAGUCAUGAGUUCCUGGGGUGUUCUUGCUUUUCUCUGGUUGGCUUGUUUUUGCCGUGGCACGCUCUCCUGCCCGGCUCUUUGCACGUGUUACCACAGAAGAGGAGAGGUUAUCUGCAAUGAAGUACCUCUGACAGAGUACCCCACCGUGGGUCUCCCGAAGAACACCACCCUGCUGACGAUCCAGUUCACAAACAUCACCACCAUCUCUGAAGAGCAUCUCAGCGCCACACCCCUGCUGCAGGGCCUUCACCUGUACAGCAACCGCCUGCAGACCCUUUCUCCUCAUCUGCUCAGGGGCGUUCCCCACCUCAAUACACUGGAUCUCACAGGAAACAAACUGGGCGACCUGCCUGCGGAUGUCUUCAGCCAUGCCCCGCUCCAUAGCUUGGUACUAAAGAAUAACCUCAUGGAUAAAGCUGAUGCAGAGUGGCUCCCCGGAAACAGCAGCCUGACCUGGCUGGACUUAUCUGGCAAUCUUUUAACCAAGAUCCCAACUGCUUUGCUUCAGAAGCUGCCCCUCCUGGAGAAUAUUGAUCUUUCAAACAACCGUCUGGAGAAGAUACCAGCCAAUUCUCUGGAACUGAUGACCAAAGUCGAGAGGCUAAGCCUCCAGGGCAACAAGCUAGACACCCUGGACGCAUCUGUAUUUCAGAGCACGCGUAACCUCACUUAUCUGUUCCUCAGUCGGAACAAGCUCAACAAACUCCCACAAAACCUUUUUCAGCAGCUCACACAGCUCAGCCACCUGGGUCUAGAUGACAACCAGCUGAGCCACAUACCGCCCGGUUUGCUGGACCAGCUGAGCUCCCUGGAUGAUGAUGGGCUGGACCUGACCGGAAACCCCUGGCUGUGCGACGGGAAGGUGGAGUAUCUCUGGAGGUGGCUUCAGAAGAACAAGAAGAAGGCUUUCCUGUCGGAGAACAUCACAUGUGCAGGACCUCAGGCUCUAGCAGGACGCUCCGUAUUGUCACUGACAGAAAGUGAACUAAACCUGUAGUCGUAAUAUUCAUCACACUGGUUAUUAUCUGAUAUGGAAAUGUCUCAGAUUCAGCUUAACAUGUCACUGAAAGAUUGUCUUUUGUGAUUAAAUAUCAUACAAACUUA